GCCAGACAAGUUGCACACUGGUCUUAGAAAUUAAAAAUAAAAAACAAAUAUAAAAUUCUUAACUGCAACAAAAUUGAACAUGUAAACGUAUUAUUAUUAAUCUAACAAAUCAAUAAACAAAUAAGAAGCGAAUAAUAUAAAUAAAAACAAAAACAAUAAAGUACUUGAAACAUUAUCUAAAUCUUUCUUUAACAAAGGUUAUUAAAUAAAAGAAAAACAAAUAAAAAAUCUACAAAUAAACGUAUAAAAUAUCAAUAAAAGUUGCAAAAAAUAUACAUACUUGAGUAAUUUUAAAAUUUUAAAUUAAUGAGUGCAAAACGGCCAGACGGUUGUGUUUUUCGAAAGAAAACAGUAAAUUGCAAAGAAAAUUAUCAAAAAAGCAAGAAAUCAAUUAGAAAAUAUAUAGAAAAAUAGCUUAAAAAUCAUAAUAACGUCGCAAAUUAACGGGAGUGGCUAAAUAUUAACGAAAAUGUUUUAAUAUUCGUAAUAAUUCGUCAAAUAAGAAAACAAAAUAAAUAAAUCUCUUUAAAAUUCUAACAAAAUAAGUGUCGAAAGAAAAAAAAUGUCUGAUAACGAGGAUCAAUUACAAUUGCCAAUGAAAACUACAGCGACAGCGGCAAAAACAACACAUAGUAAUGGUGAUAUUUUACAUGAAAAUUCUAUAUUAUCAUCCAACAACACACAACAACCCUCUUCUUCAUCCGGCUAUUUUAUUAGUUCCAACAACUUGAGAUUACAUUUCAGCAAUAUUAAUUAUGUUUAUAAACAAAAAAAUAAAAUACUACACGAUGCUUGUGGUGAAUUCAAAUCUGGACGUUUAACAGCCAUUCUGGGUCCCUCAGGUGCUGGUAAAACUUCCAUGUUAAAUGUUCUCUCAGGUUUUAAAGCUUCCGGGGUUAGCGGCAAUUUUCUUAUAAAUGGCGAAGAAAGAAAUUUAAUAGAGUUUCGUAAAAUGUCCUCGUAUAUAGCGCAAGACUUUGCCAUGUUGGAUCUGUUGACGGUAGAAGAAACAUUGAAAAUAUCAACUGAAUUAAAAUUAUCAACACAGACCAAGCAAAAAGAAAAGGAACAAAUUAUCAAAGAUAUAUUACUAAUGCUUAAUAUGGAACGCAGUCGCCAUACUUUAGUACGUAAUCUAUCGGGAGGUGAACGCAAACGUUUAUCUAUAGGCGUGGAAUUGGUUACAAAUCCGCCUAUAAUGUUUUUCGAUGAGCCCACCAGUGGUCUAGAUAGUGUGGCCAGUUUUCAGGUUUUAACGUAUUUGAGGAGAUUAGCUCGUGAUGGCCGUCUAAUAGUGUGUGUUGUUCAUCAGCCCAGUUCACGUUUAAUGCAAUUAUUCGAUGAUAUUUUAGUAAUGUCCGAUGGUCGGGUAUUAUAUUCGGGUGCUCAAGAACAAAUGAUUAAUUGCUUUCAAAAGGCCGGGUUUGAAUGUCCUCAAUACUAUAAUCCUGCAGAUUUUGUUCUAGAGGUCAGCAGUGAUGUGGAUAAUCCAAAUUUAAGAAAACUUAUUGAUAACAAUCAUUUAAAACAUGCCCUAAAAUCUAUUCCCUCCAGUGGCACUGAAACUAUGGGCCUUUUAACAAACUCAAGUUCUCACAUAUCGUUGGAUAUGAAUACUUUAACAUUAGCUGCAAUAACGAGUUCACAUUGCCAGCUGGAUAAUUGUGCAUUGCGGCCCAAGGAACAGGUAACGGUUUGGCGUCAAUUUGUGGUGCUAAUGAAGAGAUCAAUGACUUCAAUGUGUAGGAAUAUGAUUGCUGUACAACUGCGCAUUAUAAUGCACAUAGUGGUGGCCAUACUAUUGGGCAUUGUUUUCUGGAAUAUUGGCAAUGAUGGUGCGAAAGCUUUAACCAAUUCUUCCUGUAUAUUUUUUGUGGUAAUGUUUGUAUUCUUUGGUAAUGCUAUGCCCUCCAUAUUUCUAUGCCCGCAAGAAUGUGCUGUUUUCAUUAGAGAAUAUCUAAAUGGCUGGUAUUCUAUAAAAGCCUAUUAUAUGGCUAAAAUUGUAUCAGAUUUACCACUACAAUUUAUAUGUCCUACACUCUUAAUGUCUAUAGCCUACUAUAUGACGGGACAGCCUCAUGAUGUGGGACGUUUUGUCAUGUGUUGGGGUAUAUGUCUGCUAACGUCCAUAAUAGGACAUUUUAUUGGUUUGGUAUUUGGUUCCCUGUUUGAUAUGCAGUUGGGUGUCUUUUUGGUGCCCGGUGUUACCAUACCCAUUAUGAUAUUUUCCGGUUUCUUUAUACGCAUUUAUGAGGUGGCCUAUUUUUUGAGAUUUUUAUGUGAUAUUUCAUUUUUCCGUUAUUCUUUGGAGGGUUUUAUGCGUGCUUUAUACGCUUAUGACCGUCCCAUUUUAAAUUGUACGGAGGAUUUUUGUUAUUAUAAAAAUCCUGCCAAGUUUUUAAAGGACUUGGGCAUGUCGGGAGAUUUUUAUGGUUGUGAUGUUGGUGCUUUACUUAUAUGGAUAUUGGUAUUGAAGAUUUUAUUUUUUAUUAGUUUAGUAAUACGUAUUAAAAAGGCUCAAUGAAUUUUUGUAAUUAAUAUUAGACUUAAGUAUGGACUAAGGCAAUAUGUUAUUUUUUUUAUUUAUGAUUGUUAAAUAAAUACUCUAUUUUUGUAAUAAAAUUAAACUAAACUUUAA